AUGUCCAUCCUCUCCAUCCUUUUGGCUGCUCUGGCCGCAGUACCUUGGAUCCCUGCGUCGCCACUGUAUCCCCGUUCCGACUACAAUGUCAAGGAGUCCAACAACGUCCCUCCCGCAUGGGCCAAUAUUGGCCGUCCCCAUCCCUUGCAUCUCUUGACCCUCAACAUCGGCUUACAGCCUAGUAAAUUCCAUCUUCUCGAGCAGCACCUGCAUCAAGUUUCCGACCCAUUUCACAAUCGCUACGGCCAACAUUUGUCCCAGCAAGAAGUCCACGACCUUCUUCAACCCUCCGACGAGACGUUCAAUCUGGUUUGGGAUUGGCUGAGCAACAAUGGCAUUGACCCGUCCCAUUGCGAAAUCAAUUCUGCCCGGGAUUGGAUCACUAUCACUCUCCCCGUCAACAAGGCCGAAGAGCUGCUCGACACCAAGUACUCCGUCUACCAACAUCAAGACGGCACCAAGCUCAUUCGAACCUCCAGCUGGUCUCUCCCGCGCUCCCUCCAUGACCAUGUCACCACCAUCCAACCCACCACUGCUUUCCUCCGAGCCAAUCCCAAGGCCAGUACCCUCAUUGAUGUCCCAAUGGACCUUGACAUUUCCCAGCUCACUGCCGCCGCGAAUGCUACCACCAUCAAAAGCUCCUGCAACUUUGGCGGCAUGACGCCCAAAUGCCUGCGAACCCUGUACAACACCAUCGAUUACAAGCCUCAAGCUGCCCACAACAAUUCUGUCGCCUUCACAAACUAUCUAGGCCAAGUUUCCAACCGGUCCGACGCCCAGACCUUUCUACGGAACUUUCGUUCUGAGGCAAUCGACUCCGCCUACGCUGUCACCCAGGUCUCGGUGAAUGGCGGAGCUGUUGAUAAUGGCACUGUGGGGGCGGGCUUAGAGGCCAACCUCGACCUUCAAACCAUCCUCGGAAUCGUCUAUCCGACUCCCGUUACCUUGUACUCUACCGGUGGCGAGCCUCCGUUUCAACCCGACGACCUCACCGAGACGAAUACGAAUGAGCCCUACCUGACCUGGCUGCUCUUCUUGCGUGACCAAGACAUCACAACUAUUCCCAAGAUUAUCUCCACUUCCUACGGCGACCAUGAACAAACCGUCCCCCAAAGCUACGCGAAGACCGUGUGCAAUCAAUUCGCCGCCUUGGGCGCCCAGGGAAUCUCGCUGUUCUUCAGCUCAGGGGACUCGGGCGUCGGUGAAAACUCCAGCUGCAUCACUAAUGACGGGACAAACCGAACCACUUUUAUACCCAUUUUCCCCGCCUCCUGUCCGUAUGUCACUUCCGUCGGCGGAACCAUGAACUAUCCGGAAGUGGUCGCCUUCGACACGCGCAAUUCGUAUGCCUCCGGGGCCGGUUUCAGCAAUUACUUUCCUCGGCAGAAAUGGCAAGACACCGCCGUGGGGCGAUAUCUCGAUAGAAUCGGUGACCAGUUUAAAGGCCUGUACAACCGUUCAGGUCGCGCGUACCCAGAUGUAGCGGCGCAGGGGUAUAGGUACCUGGUCUUUCUGGACGAAACCGUCAGAAGUGUUGAUGGCACCAGCUGCUCCGCCCCAACUAUUGCUAGCAUCUUCUCACUGGUGAAUGAUGCACUCGCUGCAAGGGGUAAGCCGCCAAUGGGCUGGCUCAAUCCCUGGCUCUACCGGAAAGGCUUUGCGGCAUUUACUGAUGUGGUCAAUGGCAGCAGUGUCGGCUGUAAGGGGCCCGGAUUCAGUGCGGCCGAGGGGUGGGACGUCGCAAGUGGCUUCGGCACUCCGGACUUCGAGAAAAUUUUGGAUGUGCUGGAAAUUGGAGGGUCUUGA